UGAACCUCCAGGAGAUGAAAUUACAUGCUUCUUGAAGAAGUAUCUCCACUAUCACUUUAUUGCAACUAGAUCAUGAUGAUUGCAGUCGUAGUCUAGUCAUUUUUGUGAUAUUUUUAUACCGCAAUAAUUACUGCUUCUGAUGGUUCUACUUCUACACAUCAACAUUGACAAUGAUGUCCCAUGUACUUAUCAUCUGGUCGUGACAACAUAUAAAUUCAUCAAAUGUUCAAUGCCACGAGCACGACGACUUUUUGUUUUUCUGCCAACAAAGUAUUAGUUCUAGUUGCAAAAGAUGAUCAUGAAGGGCUCAUCUGACUUUAUCAUGGAAAUAGAAAAUGAGGAUGAAGAGCAGCAGCAGGACUUGUUGUUAGUCGGUGACACUUGGACAGACCUGGGUGUGCUGCGCUCGUUGAAGGAAGCAGUCCGCGAAUUGAUCGCAGAACAAGCGAUCACAAGGCAAGAAGCCUUCGAUAUCGUUAAAGAAGCGAGUUCCGCUGCCCGGAGUGAAAUCCGAAGAAUUGCAGGAUCUUACGCGGAUCAUAGUUGUCAUGAACAGGUACAAGUAGGCUCCCAUGUAUGGCUCUGGUAUUUUUGGUAUAGCCUGAAUUUGAUCCUAAGGGUUCUCUUCUUGUUUUCCCUUAUGAUCCAAUUCAGGCUAUACCAAAAAUACCGGACCCAUUCAUCCCAUGCACAAGCGGGGGAUUCACGACAACCGCAUCAGGGUGAUUCGACGAGGAUACGAGGGGAAGAAAUGCAAGCACAAAGUUAAGGCAACGAACUGCUAAUUGUUCAAGCUAAUCCAUCUCGUCUUGCAAACUUUCUCACGUGGGGAUCAGGAUCCCUAUAAUCUCAAGUAGAAAGACUAGCUGCUCUAACCAAGAGGAUCAAGUACAACAGGAAACAAGCCGCACCUGGAAGCGCCGUUGGAAAGCUACAGCAUAGGUGAGUCGGGAGCUCAAUUUCGCACGACAGAGCAUGUCAUGAAGAUUCCGUCGACAUCUCUGGAUACCAGAGCUGGCCAAAAAUUACCUCCUUUUCGCAUGCACUUGUAUGUGAAUCAUUGACCUGAAUAAAGACUUCUAUUUUUUUUCCGGUCAAUCAUUUACAUAUAGUCAGGGGAUAGCGAUCCACAUGCUGCCAUGACAAGGUUUGCCCUAUUAUUUUUGAUCAAUCUAUUUUUCCCUGACCUCCCUCUCGCUCUCUUUUCUGAAGAAAAUGAAACAAAGCCAGCAAGUUGAAUGCGGUGAGUGUUCUUCUACCCUGCUUCGCUUGCGCUUCUAUUAUGUGAAGAUCGACGGCAUUCCCGAUUCUUCUAGUAGAAUGUGACGUAGGUGGUCGUGGUGCACCUCAAGGAGAUGAUGGAUGACAAGUAUUGAGUCAUUCAUCUGUGGGUUCUCGUUUUUCUUGACUGAACGGACUAGAAGAAAAUCUUGAUACAACAGCCUCUAACACUAAAAGAAAAACGUUGAAUCUCUAGGAUGCGCCCAUUCUUUCUUUA